AUGGCGCCUAAGAUCGACCCUAACGAAGUGAGGAUCAUUUACCUCCGUACAACUGGUGGUGAAGUCGGUGCUCCAUCUGCAUUGGCUCCUAAGAUCGGUCCGCUCGGUCUGGCCCCCAAGAAGGUUGGUGAAGAUAUUGCCAAGGCUUCGAGUGAGUGGAAGGGUCUCCGCGUGACAAUCCAGCUCACGGUCCAGAACCGUCAGGCUGCUGUCGCCGUGGUGCCCUCGGCCUCGUCCCUCGUGAUCAAAGCCUUGAAGGAGCCUCCGCGUGACCGCAAGAAGGUUAAGAACGUGGCUCACAGUGGCAACAUCCCUCUCGAUGAGAUUAUUGAAAUUGCCCGGACGAUGCGCUACAAGUCGUUUGGCCGCACUCUUGCCAGCACGGUCAAGGAAAUUCUUGGUACGUGCCAAAGUGUUGGCUGCACUGUCGAAAAGAAGCCUCCGCACGAUGUGAUUGAGGGCAUCGACGAGGGCUCGAUCGAGAUCCCUGAGGAGUAA